ACCUCCGCCGUGAGGCGUGCGUAAACAGGGGAUGUCAUCGGCGCGCGCGCCGGCGCCGCUUCCGUGUGGUGUUACGUGAGGGGGGGGGGGGUGGUGUGUGUGUUGUGCCGGGCCCGCGGCGUUUCCCGGGGUGGUGGUGCCCCCCCCCCCCCCCCCCCAAGCUGCCUCCUCCUCCUCAGCCACCGCCGCCUCAGCCACCGCCGCCUCAGCCGCCAUGGAGGGCGCAGCCCUGCCCAUCCGCCGGCACCGCCGGGCCCUGGUGGAGGCCGUGAGGGAGCGGCCCUUCCUCAUCGUCACCGGCGAGACGGGCAGCGGCAAAAGCACGCAGCUGCCCAAGUACCUCUUCGAGGCAGGCCUCGCCAAGCACGGGGCCAUUGGCGUCACCCAGCCCCGGCGCGUUGCCACCAUCUCGGUGGCGCAGCGGGUGGCCGAGGAGAUGGGCUGCUCGCUGGGGAGCGUCGUCGGGUACCAGGUCCGCUUCGAUGACUGCACUGCCGAGGAUACUGCCAUCAAGUAUAUGACCGAUGGCUGCUUAUUGAGGCAAAUAUUGGCAGAUCCCCUUCUCAGCAAGUACAGUAUCAUCGUUUUGGAUGAAGCCCAUGAGCGGAGCCUCAGCACUGAUAUUUUAUUUGGUUUGCUGAAGAAACUAUUCCUACAGAAGAAACCACCAAACAGGAAGACACCCAUGAAGGUGGUGGUGAUGUCAGCCACCCUGGAGGUAGACAAGCUCUCGGAGUUCUUUGGACACUGUUCAGUGCUGCAUAUUCCAGGAAGAAGUUAUCCUGUCAAGGAGAUAUUCUGCAACCUGCUCAGCCCAAGGGACGUAGGCAGCUCUGCGUAUGUUACAGAGGCUGUAAAAGUGACAUUGGAUAUCCACUUAAAUGAACCAGAAGGCGACAUCUUGGUUUUCCUGACAGGUCAAAUUGAGAUAGAAAGAGCUUGUGACUUACUUUUCAAGAAAGCAGAAUCUAUUGAUUACCGGUAUGAAGUACAUGAUCGGUCUGUUGAAGGCCUGCUUAUCUUACCAUUGUAUGGGUCAAUGUCAACAGAUCAACAGAAAAGCAUAUUUUUGCCGGCUCCAAGGGGCAUUAGAAAAUGUGUGGUAUCCACAAACAUUGCUGCAACGUCUCUGACGAUCGAAGGAGUCAGAUACGUAGUAGAUAGUGGGUUUGUGAAGCAGUUGAAUCAUAACCCCCGAGUUGGCUUGGACAUACUGGAGGUGGUUCCCAUUUCAAAGAGUGAAGCAAAGCAACGAGCUGGCCGAGCUGGCAGGACAUCGUCCGGAAAAAGCUAUCGGCUAUACAGCAGAGAAUUCUGGGAGCAAUGCAUGCCUGAUCACACAGUCCCAGAGAUCAAGAGAACCAGUCUGACAUCUGUGAUCCUGACCUUGAAGUGCCUUUCCGUGCAUGAUGUCAUAAGAUUUCCCUAUUUGGACUGCCCUGAAGAAAGGCAUAUUUUAGAAGCUCUCAAGGAACUCUACCAGUGUGAUGCUAUUGACAGGAGAGGCCACGUGACAAGACUGGGUGAAUUCCUGGUGCAGUUUCCCCUCCCUCCCAACCUGACCUGUGCUGUCAUAAAAGCUGCUUCUCUUGACUGUGAAGAUCUGCUGCUGCCCAUAGCAGCCAUGUUGUCUGUGGAAAAUGUCUUCAUUCGUCCAGGUGAUCCUCAGAAGCAAAAGGAGGCAGAACUUCAACACCGGGAACUUUCUUCCCAAGUGGGAGGAUGCAAUGACUUUGCAACCCUCUUAAAUAUUUUUGAACAGUGCAAAGCAAGCAAGUCUCCUUCAGCGUGGUGCCAGAAAUACUGGAUCCAUUGGAGAGCUUUAAAAUCUGCUUUUAGUGUGGAAAAACAACUUCGGGAAAUAAUCAGUAAACUGAAACAGCUGCCAGACUUCCCAAAAGAGACAUUUGAAGGCUCCAGAACUGAAAUCCUAAGAAGAUGUCUAUGUGCAGGAUACUUUAUCAAUGUAGCUAGGAGAUCUGCAGCCAGGACAUUCUGCACAAUGGAUGGACAUGGCAGCAUAGUCUAUAUCCAUCCUUCAUCUACACUAUAUGACCAGGAGACUCGCCUUGAGUGGAUCAUCUUCCAUGAUGUCACAGUGACAUCCAAAAUCUAUGUCCGGACAGUGUGUCCUGUUCGCUAUGAGUGGGUCAAAGACUUGUUGCCCAGAUUACAUCAAAUUGAUGCAUAUGAACUGAGCAGUGUGGCACGGGAAGAAGUAACCGAAGAGGAAAUAACAAAGUGGAAACAUAAGGAGGACCUUAAAAGGCAGUAUGAAGGAGUCACAGACAACUCUGCAAAGAAGAUGGAGAGAAGGAAUGAUGAUAAAUCAAUCCUGGAUGCCCGAGCUCGCUAUCUGGAGAGAAAGCAGCAAAGAGCACAGGGUUUAAGUGGCCCAUUGAAAGAAACGGGGUAAUACGUGCUGCUGCUCUACUCCCACUACGAGGAAAGGCAGUUUGGUGCAGUUGUUCUGGGUAUGUUUGCAUAAUGCAAAAUGACUAACUGGAAUGAAGGAAAACUUCUGCUUUGUGGUAAGUUGGAGGGCCGAGGCAUACAAACGCAAUCUUCCUUUGCUGUAUCCAGCAAGGAAAAGUUACCAAGCUGAAAUUUUGUUGCUACAUGACACUGGCAACAAUUUAGUGGCCUCAAAUGCGGAUGAGGACACAAUACUGGGAUGCCAAUUCUGUGACAUUUAGUUGGCUUAGAAAGGUCUCAGUGGCCUCAGUGCCAUUAUUAAUAAAAAUUUCUUAAUGGUUGCUUUUUAAAA